UCUAAAUACUUCUUCCACCACUGGAUUUUGAAUGCAUAUACGUUUAGCUUGUAAUUGAGUGUUUUUUUUAAUAUGGUACCUUUAUUACUAAACCAUCACAUCUGCAUUAUAAUUGUAAACAUGGCAACCACACCAGCAACAGUAUCAUAGCAACACAACACACAUGCUGCUGCACAACAGAAGCUGUGGAGGACAUAACACUUCCUGUAAGUCACAUAUAUUAUAUAUAUAUAUUAUAUAUUGUAUAUUCUACACGUUAUUAUGAUUUACUGUACAAACCUUUGGGGUUUUGUCCCGCUGGGUUGCCAGGUUGGCGCUACACUUCCGUAUAUUGAGUGCUGAUAAAGUGCGUGGAGAGUGGAGGGUGAAAGGACCGAACGUCCUCCACGUCAAACAGGCUGCUGUUGUUUUAGACGCCAUUUUUAUUAACCGAAACUAAACCGCCGUUUUAAGGAUACUUCGUAAACGUUACACUACAUAGUGUGCUAGUGUUAAUAUAAACCUACAGUUUACUUCAUGCGAGUUCAUGUCGAUGUCCUUCUGCAAGCACAACCUUCCGUUUGGUCACAUGACUCCCGCAAUAAAAAGGUGGGCUCGAAAAUCUCACAGGCGCUUGCCCGGGCGGGGUUUCUCCCAAACUAUGUGUAUUCUGUUAGGCAGUGGUAGAAGACGUAUUCAGAUCCUUUGCUAGUGAAAAUACACUGUUAUAAAUUAUACUCCUGUAUUCAAAAGCUUACUUAAUUAAAAGUAUAAUCAAGAAAAGGUACUUUAAGUAUACAAGUACUAACUAUGCAGCCAAAUGGGCUCUUUAGUUGUUUUAUUAUUAUUAUUAUUAUUAUAUAUUAUAAUAUUAUAAUAUUAUUAUUGAUGCAAUAACAUGUAAGUUGCAUUUUUAAAACAAUUUUCUUUGACUUUUUAUAGCCUACUGUUGGGCGGUUUAAAUUACUGCACAACAUCAUAUACUCAUUAUAUGUUCACAUAUAACUCAAUAAAUCUUCAUCAACAAAGUAACUAGUAACUAAAGUCAUCAAAUAAUAAGAAGUAGAAAGUAGCAUAACAUUGUACUUAAGUGCAGUACUUGAGUAAAUCUACUUAGUUAUUUAAUGUAAAAGACUUACUUUAUAUACUGCUGUGUAGCUUAAUCUAAUAUAUAUUAUUUGUUUAAUAUAUUGUAUUAAUGAUCUACAUUUUCAAAGUAAUUAAAGCCUUUCAAAUACAUGAAGUGGAGUAAAAAGUACAAUAUCUUCCUCUGAAAAGUAAGUAUUAUCAGAAAAAUGUACAUUAAUAUCAAAAGUCAACAAAUAACUCAAGUAAGUGGCACUAGUUUCCCCGCCCUUGCCACCACGUAGCCAAAGGCACGGCCACACUUCUAAAUGGAGCGCACUUAAUGUUGAACGACCAUAACUUACACUGCGUUAAAAAAUAGUUAAGUCGAUCAACAUCAAAAUAACGCUUUAAUGUAAUUGUGUCUACGUCCAUAUACAUUUAUUAAACUUUAACUAAACACUAAUUAACAUUUUUGAAUCGUCAAGUGAAACAAACGUCGGUGAAACGGUUUUAUGUUCCCCCAAAUGGAGCGAAGAGAAACUCCGCGUUAGUUCGUGAGCCGGAAAGUAACUACUAGAAGGUAGCUAGGUAGGCUAAUGUUUAGCUUUAAUCAGGGGAGGUGCGCACUUUCCGGCAACAUUUCAGAUGGCUGUUCGGUGGCUAUGCAGGUAAGGGUGAAAGUAUUACAGCGACAAAGCAGAGUUUUGUGUUUUAAAACCCCCAAAAGGCUGGAAGUAUUCGGCUAACGUAAAGGUGGGGCUGAGUCAGGUGAUCAUCGGUAGCACGGACAAUGGCAUUCACAGAGCGCUGUACGUGGAAAACGGGGGGCUUUAUUGGAUUUAAAAUAGCUUUUUAAAACAUCUAUACGCUUCUGUACGAUAUAUAUUUGUAAAGUAAGUUGUUUUAAAGCGAUAGUCGGUGGAGGAAGCCCCUCUGGUAGUCUGUGGGAGGGGCGACACACACCAGACCGACCGACCGACCGACCGCAGUCAGUCAGGCGUUAGGUGCUGAAGCUGGCCGGAGCAUCGCCGACAUCUCUCCCGCAUUUUGGGGGGGUUAACCUGGGGGGCCACCUUGCUCCACAACCCGCCCUGCUGUGGCUGAUGGAAAGAGAGAGCAAGAGAGAAAAAUGUGCGCGAAUAUGUUCGGAGUUUUGAAAAGCCUGUUUGGGAAGCCCUUUGAUGGUGGGAAGAGGAUGGACCAUGGCGGCCCACAGCAUCAGCAACAACAUCCGAUGGAGCAGCAGCAGCAGUCGUAUCAUCAGCAGCACCCUGCCAUGAUGCGGCUGUACGAGGUCCAGAAGGAGGUGCAGUGUCUGGGGCCUCAGGUCUGCACCUUCAGCGGCCUGCAGAACGACCGCGACUACAAGCGUCUGGAGCGCGAGCUGACGCGGCUGCUGCUGGACGUGGACCAGGUGGACACGGAGGGCAAACCGGAGCUGCAGGGGGCGCGAAAGAGAGCAGCACAGGAGGUGGAGGGCCUCCUGCGCUACCUGGAGGAGAACGGCACUCAUCCGUCCCGCGUGGCCAUCGAGGAUCUGAGCAACGAGGCGCGGCAGCUGGUGGACGACCGCGUGGUGGCACCGCAGCGGUCCGGCGGCGUGGCUGAAAUAAACGACGAGCUGGUGGACGCUCUGCAGGAGAUCAUCCUGAGGCUCACCCAAGUCAAGACCGAAGGGAGGGUGCCUCUACGCAAGGCACGCUACCGGGCGCUGACACGCCUGUGCGCCGUACAGGACGUGGUAGAAGGGCGCACGCAGCAGCAGACCCUCUCCCUGCCGCUGUCGGGGGAAACCCACGAGGCCGUGAACCGCAUCAACCUGGUGAUGGUGAAGGUUAGCGUGGCGCGCAGUCAGCUGGUGGCUCUGCUGAUGGGUCUGAGCGGGAGGGACAGCUGCGCCCACCUGUCACGGAUCCUGACGGAGAUGCAGGUGGAUCUGGACGCUCUGGAUGUUUCCGGCAACGCGGCGAUCAGAAAUUACAGGAAACAGGUCGUGGAGGAGAUAAACGGGCUGCUGAAACAUCUGGACCUGGAGGGGGAGGGAGACGAGACGCGCAGGUACGACUUGGGGCAGAACAACUCCAUCCGUGAGAUCGAGGCGGUGCGAGCUCACAUCUCCCACCUGCGAGAGGGCGUCCUGCGGCACUGCGUGAUGGGGGAUGUGAGCUUCAGGCCCAAAGCCGAGCUGCAGAGCCUCCUCACACACCUGGACCAGGUGGACACGGCCAAGAACCCGUGCAUCAGAGAGGCUCGCCGCCGCGCCGUGGUGGAGGUCCAAGCCAUCAUCACCUUCCUGGACCUCCGCGAGGCUCUUUCCCGCCGCCAGCCCGGCCCCAGCGAGCACCCGGCGCACCGGUCCGUGUGGCUGGUCCUGGGCAGCCUCUCGGACCUCCAGGCUCAGGCGCUGGGCUUCGACGGCAAGCGGGUCGAUAAGAGCUACAUUUUGCUGGAGGAGCUGCUGACCAAACAGCUGCUGGCGCUGGACGCCGUGGACCCGCAGGGCGACGAGACCACCAAGAUGGCGCGGAAGCAGGCGGUGAAGUUCGCCCAGAACAUUCUCAACUACCUGGACAUGAAGACGGACGAGUGGGAGUAUUGAUUCAUAUAAACGCUGGGAGCCAUGUGGCGAGGCGGAGACACCGGAUGGGACGUCGCUGCAGGAAUGAAAGGAGCUGAUAAAUGUGUGUAAAUUUAAAAAAAAAAAACUACAAACUUGUGCGUUAUCAUUCCACGGGCUGUAAAUAUUGACUCAAAUCCCCAGAAUGCACUGCAGCAGCGCUUUUCUUUCGUCUCUUUGUGGUAGUUGUGGCCGAUCCUGAUGAGAAGAACACAGAACUCCUUUUGUGAAACACACUUUGAAUUAUAAUUUUCUUUUGUGCUUUUGAAGAUUUUCUUUUUAAAUCUCCCGUGUGUGUGUGUGUGUGUGUGUGUGUGUGUGUGUGUGUGUGUGUGUGUGUGUGUGUGUGUGUGUGUGUGUGUGUGUGUGUGUGUGUGUGUGUGUGUGUGUGUGUGUGUGUGUGUGUGUGUGUGUGUGUUAAAGCCUGCUGCUAAAGCGCUAUAAUAAUGCCUGGUCGUAUCCUCCAGACUGCACUUGAUAUCGAUAAAGUGUGAUGGAUCGCUUCGCAGUGACUUCCCCGUCUGGCCUGAUUAAUCUGAGUUGCUAAUAGAGAAACCCAAUGCAUGUUAAAUACAGUGACCUACUUAGGGAGUCGUCCACGCGGCUACCAGCUCGCACCAGAUUGUACCUGUUGGUUCGGAGAGAUCAGAGAGAAUCAAAACAAUUCCUGGAGCGUUUCUUCUUUUUACUCUUUGCUGCAGUUUUGUAUUGAAAUCAAAUUUGGUCUAUUUGGCAAAGAGAAGAAAUGUCUUCUGCAGUGAAACAGAGGAUUGCAGCUGAGGUGUUUCCCACAAACAUCACGCUGGUAUCAACGCCUGCCGAUCUGUGUUCAAACAGUUUGCAUUAUUAACGUCGGGUCACGCUCCACUGCGUGUUUGUUUGUCCCCUCCGUGUCUCUGGGCUCGCUCCAAAUUCACACGACUGUAAAAUCCUGCAGCUGUCGUUGUCAAACGACGAUGCAGAUAAAGUUUGCAGGAAACUGAGAACUCUGUCAUCUUGUGAGGAUGUUUUCUAAAAGAUAAAAGUACCUCCUCCCCCCCCCCCCCCCCAUGCUUGUGUAGUCUGUAAUACGUUUCAAAUGUUUGUUGUGACUUUGUAUGAUCGCGCUCGGCUAUAAAUUGAUCAGGCUUUUCAAACAUCCAGAGAUAGAAAGAGGCGACUGCUUUUUGUUUCUACCCACUGCUUUCUACUGACUGGAGAAGUGCGACUGCGAGGUCCCCCGGGGAGAGGGAGGGAGGUGGAGACGGUGAUAUCCUCUGGAUUGACACAUCAAGGCUGAAGCUCGCAGGGCCAGCAGUCGGGUCCUGUGCGGUAGAGACGCUUGACGGUGAUUGCAGUCGACAGAGCCUUGUAGAAACCUCUCGAAGCUGCUGCUCGACGCGGUGGGAGGGGAGGACUGGAGGAGAAAGUCCAAAAUCUCUGUGCCUUUAUUUUCACCCGUCCCUGUGUACCGGUUUGUGUAUGAAAACGCAGCCUUGUGAUGAAUAAAGAAGCAAGCGGCUGCUCAUUUUGAUAUGUAUCUGAAGUGCUGAAUGUGUUUGUGGAGAGCACCUUGGCUUUUUAUCGCCACAAGAAAUUUGCACUAGUCAGAAAUUGAGGCUCUUUUGGAAUCAGUGUUUGUUCCCUGGUGAUGAAAGACUCGAGGUGACUCGAGGGAGGUGGGCUGGUCGCUCAUUUGUUUUUGUAACACAGGAUGACAACGCCUCUUUUGCAGCAGGCAAUAAAAUGAGUCACCGCGUGCUUUCACACGGCAAACCGCCGAGGGGCCGAUCUCCGACUCCCAAAUCAAUCUGGCAACAGGACACGAAAUACAAAAGGACAAAACAAAGUAAUUAACCGACUAUUUAACGUCACAGCUUCCUGCUGACCUUUGAAAAGAAAGGAAAAAGAAAAAUGGCGGUUGUUUUUAGAGACAUUUCUGCAGAAUUUGAAUUUCAAACCUCAAUCUUAUGGAUAAAUAUUAUAAAGAGAAACUUUAUCUAAAUAAAGACUCUUAGUAUUUCUUUAUCUUUAUGAUACUAAAGCAUUAUGUUGAGAGUUCAGGGUUUACUUACAUGCCACAUGUUCUGAUUAUAUUUAAACAUUUAGCAGCUGAAAGGAACUCUUUAACAUGUUUUAAUUGUAUUCAGUUACGUUGGCAGGUGUUAUGUUUAUAAAGUCAAGAAUGAACUUUGAAUCAAAAGGUCAGAUCGUCUUCAUUCACACCAAGCUGCUGAUGAAAACCAUGUUAUCUGAUAGAAAGCUCCAUAAAAAUGAGUACAACUACUGUCGUACAUCUCAGAGGCGAAUAUACUUCUCUUAUUAUGAUUUAAUAACUUUAGUUGCUGUGCAGAUUCCCAAUAAUACACAAUAUAAAGAACUUAAAGGUAAAACAUCUGAAUACUUCUUCCGUCAUUUCACUAAAUGGACCUCGAGGUGAAGUGUCAGAUUCUUUGGUCUUUAAUCCGUCGGUAGUGAGAGAGGUGUGUCCCUGUGCUCUCAGCUGUGUGGGAAUGGUUUUCCUCUGACUUGUUGCUCGCGGUAUGAAACGCAACAUGUCAAAUGUCUCGACAGUUCGCCUGCAACAAGUUGCUCAAUGUGAUUUAAAACGGCAACGCUGAAGCGAAGACUUGUUGCCUAGAAAGUCGUUCCGCAUCAACACUUUGUAUUUAAAGAAAGGAGACGGGAACCUCUCGGUGAACUCCCACAGACCCUCUUUAUGUGCAUUAAGCUGCAGUUGGAAGCAUCUUCUGGCACAAAGCCUGCAGCGCGGCCUCCUGGGUAAUGACGCUGACUCAUCCGGGGGAGAAUUAGAUUAAACAGAGUUCACGAAACCUCGUCCGUCUGCCCGGCUGCUGCUGCAACAGAUGCUUUCUCACAGCCAACCUUAUGCUCUCUCAGACCAAACCAACCCGGACACACCUUAAGUUCACGUGCUCGUCUCUGUAUGCAGUCAUUUAUAUAUAAUAUACAUAUAUAAAUGUAUUUAGUCAUUGCAUUUCUGUAAAUUGCUUCUAUUUUAAACAUUCAUUUGAAUAAUUUAUCAAAGGUUUUACACUGCAUAAAGGAAACGUUACUUUUUGUCUCAUAGUGUCUUGAAGCCUCUGUUUUUCAUUUAUUUUACUCAUCGUUAGUGGCGCCUCCGUGUGAGUGGGCGUUCUGGCAGCGAUGCAAGUUUAUACUCUGUGGUUCAUAAGUACAAACUUAAAAAGGAUGGCAGUGAGGGAAAGCUCCGCUGCAGGAAGCAAGUUCCCAAACACAACAACUUCUCUUGUGAAGAGCUGUAUGUAUAAACGGACUGUAGACUUACAACAAAUUCACUUCUAAAUGAUCACGAAUUGGAUUUGAUGAAAGUAUUAUGAUGCAUUUCGGUGGUCGUAUGCACACGUGGAAGGAUUUUAUCGGUCUGAAAGAAGGUUAAUGCAAGACAUCCUUACAUUUAAUGUGUUUGUUAUUGUCAAGAAAUCCCAAAACCAACAAACUAAAUUCAAAUCUUUAACUAACAGGUCAAACACACAGUUUCAUAUUUAGGUCACCAGCUUUUAAACGGGAGGAACUGGUGCAUUUCUUAGGGACUACUUUCAGCGGCGGAUUAAUCCAGCAUGUGUUUGUGGUAGUUACACCACAGUGUGUGUUCAUCGUAAUGAAAGAACUCAUUUACCACAUUUACAUUAAUAUUCCACUGUUAGCAGAAGAUGACAAUAUUCUGUUGUAAGUUAGUUCUUAUACCGAAUAUAAUAUUUAUUGAUUAAGACGUGCCGGGAGGUCGAGUUCCCUCAAACUAAACAAUAUGCUGCUUUACAGACGUCUCUUUCCAAAUGGAAGUCACGUGACAGAGCCAGGAACAGGAAGUUGUAAUCCCACGUGAGUUCGCUCUGUUCUCGUGCAUAGUUGUAAUAAAAAAUAAAAAAAGCUUGAUCCCAGUUUUGCAAAAAGGGAAAAGGAAACAUUUAAAUCAUUUAAAGGGCGUCGCUGCAGGACGCACGUCAUGGGGGGGAAGAAUGUAUUGUCUUUCAGAAUAUGUGCAAAACUGGAAUACUUUGUGCACGUUAACGUGUCAUUGAUGUGUUUAACAGCUGAGCUCUGACAGGAAGAAGAUCCUUCACUAAAUACAUGUUAGUACAUGCUCACGGGUGGUUUUGGGAUUUGUUGACAAGAACAAAAAUGUAGAAUAUUACGAAACUUAACCUUCAAAAUAUGAUAUUUAGUGAGUAGAUCAUUCUAAAACUGCUCGUGUGGAAACUUUAAACAGUGAGAUCAGUGAUUAGUUAGUGAGUUUGGAUUUGACACAUUUAAAAUUAUCCUAAAAUUAAAAUAACUUUGUUUUCACACACACACACACACACACACACACACGUGUCUACCAGCCCUUUACAGGACGAUACAUUCACACCAAAUGGAGCGAGUGACGACUGGAACGUUUUGUCUUCUGUAUUUCAUCGUACCAAAAAGUUCAGAAACCUUAAAGUCCCCGGGAGAAUGCGAGGACGAUGGUGUGGGGACGUGCGGACACGAUCGGUGUUUAAAGAUCAGCUCAACACACGUUCGAGACACGUUCCUCGCUGCUGCUUGGUUUGAGCUUGUUGUCAGGUGGCAGUUUAAAGAUCAGUUGAUUUUGAGCUUGACAACAAAGCGUUAGUUUGCACCGUCUGUACUUCAGUGGUGGAAAGUAACUGAGUAGAUUUACUCAACACAAGUGCACAUCUCACAUCCUCUGUUCUGUCGUCUGAGCGUGUGGCGAUCAGCGCCGCUCUGUUCACUGUUUCACAGCUUCUGCAUUGAAGCUCGUUUGCAUAGAAAGGCGUCAAUUUUGCACCACGUUUGCAUUUUCCUGCAUUAAAAUACAUGCAAGCAGCACAGAGACGUCGUCAUGUUCACUUUGAGAGUUUGAAUGCAGGACUUCUACUCUGUGAUUUUGCUUCUUUUACUAAAGUAAAGGAUUUGAAUACUUCUUCCACAACUGCUUUACUAAUGCAACAAAUACUAUUAUAUUUUCUUAUCUUAUACCUCUUCUUCUUCUUCUUUUUAUUUUUUGGGGUUUCAGGUUUUCUCAUACAUUUAAAAACAAAUCUUAAAAUCAGUUUCGGCUAGCUGUUUGCAGUCUUUAUGCUAAGCUAAUGUAGCCGGCUGCUAACCGUAGCGUCAUAUCUAGCGUAGACGUGAAAGCGACAUCUCGUAUAACUGUUAUAGCAACUGAUCCGCUUCGUCGGGACUUACAUGUAGCUGGUGCAACAUCUCGCUCGAAGGUCGAUUGUUUAAAUGUGGCGAUGUAUGAAAAAGCAUGAAGGAUGUUGGAAAGCGAAGACGAUGGAAGCCGCCAGGAGGUGGAAGACAUUCUCCUUAUUGAGUUUUAUUUAUGCACAUUUAUGUUUCAUGUUCCUCGGUCACUGCUUUGCCUUUCUUUCUGCACAUGACAGGAAUGUGUUCUGUGGUUUUGCAUUUUGUUUCUUAUCAAAAAUGUGUUUUCUGAAGUCGCCUUUAACUGCAUUGAUUGUGACGGGCUUUCGCUGUUUCUCCCUUUCGAGACGCGCUUGUACAAAAGAAGCACACUGAGACUGGACAAAGAGAAGUCGUGUGAAUGCUCCAUGGAUGGUUGUGUUUUGAAUUUGUAUUCCCACUGCAAAAUAAAGACUGCGUGUCUUGAUCAGUGUUAUGUUAA